GGGCGUGGGCCCGCGGACCGGCUCGGAUUCGGAAAUCUUCGGUCCGGGCUCGGCAAUCAGUCUCCAACUCCGGCCUGGGCCUCGAGCCAGGGGCCGAUCCGGAAACAGCCGAGCGGAUCCGGAAACAGCCGAGGGGACCCGGAAGGGGUGAGCACCGUCACCAGGGAGUGCUGGAACCCGCCGUUUGCGCGGAGGCGAUGGCGGCAGCUGUGCCGGCGGCCGCGGGCGAGGAUGGCCGGCGACGGCAGCCGGGGGCCGCUCUGGACCCCCAGCCCCAGGAAGGGGCGAAGGUUGAGGCUGAGUCAGAGGAGCUAGGCCGGCUGCGGGCUGAGCUGGCGGGCGCCCUGGCGGAAAUGGAGACCAUGAAGGCUGUGGCGGAGGUGAGCGAGAGCACGAAAGCUGAGGCCGUGGCUGCAGUGCAGCGGCAGUGCCAAGAGGAGGUGGCUUCGCUGCAGGCCAUCCUGAAAGACUCCAUCAGCAGCUACGAAGCCCAGAUCACUUCCCUGAAGCAGGAGCGGCAGCAGCAGCAGCAGGACUGUGAGGAGAAGGACAGGGAGCUGGGGCGCCUGAAGCAGCUGCUGUCCCGGGCUCACCCCCUGGACUCCUUGGAGAAGCAGAUGGAAAAGGCCCACGAAGACUCCGAGAAGCUUCGGGAGAUCGUGCUGCCCAUGGAGCAGGAGAUAGAGGAGCUGAAGGCGAAACUGCUCAGGGCAGAGGAGCUGAUUCAAGAGAUCCAGAGACGUCCCCGGCAUCCCCCUUCCCUGCACGGCUCCACGGAGUUGCUGCCCCGGUCCCGGGACCCAUCACCCCCACUGGAGCCUCUCGAGGACCUGAGUGCAGACGGGGGUGCAGCGGCCGAAGCCUUCGCCCACAACUGUGAUGACGGUGCCUCCAUCUCUUCCUUCUCCCUUGGCGGCGGGGCCGGCAGCACCUCCCUGCCCCGCAGCCGCCAGGCCCUGAGCCCCGAGCAGGAAGAGACAGCUUCUCUGGUGUCCACGGGCACCCUGGUCCCCGAGGGUAUCUACCUGCCGCCUCCCGGUUACCAGCUUGUCCCAGACACCCAGUGGGAACAGCUCCAAAUGGAGGGGCGGCAGCUGCAGAAGGACCUGGAGAGCGUCAGCCGGGAGCGGGACGAGCUGCAGGAGGGUCUGAGACAGAGCAACGAGGACUGUGCCAAGCAGAUGCAAGUGCUCCUGGCCCAGGUCCAGAACUCAGAGCAGCUGCUGCGGACCCUGCAGGGGACUGUGAGCCAGGCCCAGGAGCGGGUUCAGCUGCAGAUGGCAGAGCUGGCCACGUCACACAAGUGCCUGAGCCACGAGGUGAAGCGGCUGACUGAGGAAAACCAGGGGCUCCGGGCCGAGCAGCUGCCGUCUUCAGCCCCCCGGGGUCUAGAGCAGGAGGAGGGCCCCGAGGAGUCGCUGCCCAGCUUGGUGCCGGAGCUGCAGCAGCUGGUACGUCACACGCGGCAGGAGGCGCGGGCCCAGCAGCAGGCCCGGGAGCACGAGGCUGAGCGCCUCCGGAUCGAGAUCGUGACACUGCGGGAGGCGCUGGAGGAGGAGACGGCAGCCAGGGCCAGCCUGGAGGGGCAGCUGAGGGUGCAGCGGGAGGAGACAGAGGUGUUAGAGGCCUCCUUGUGCAGCCUGAGGACGGAGAUGGAGCGGGUCCAGCAGGAGCAGAGCAAGGCCCAGCUCACAGACCUGCUCUCAGAACAGAGGGCAAAGGUACUGCGGCUGCAGGCAGAGCUGGAGACCAGUGAACAGGUCCAGAGGGAUUUUGUACGACUGUCCCAGGCCCUGCAGGUGCGCCUGGAGCAGAUCCGCCAGGCAGAAAGUCUGGAGCAAGUGCGUAGUAUCCUGGGUGAGGCGCCCCUCAGGGACAUCGGGGACGUCAAGGACACCUGAGGGGCUGGAAGCCGCCCACCCUUGUGGAGACUGCCUUUCCCCGCCCCGGAAACAAGAAGCCUGGG